AUGACAACACGCCAAGAUCAAUCCAGGUCUCCCUCCAGACCUCGUCGGUUCUAUAAACGAUCUACUGUAGCUUGCAAAGCCUGCCACGGCCGCAAGCUUCGCGCCACGCCCGACAGCCAGCAGGGCAACUCGACGUCGCCGGCACACAGCCAUGAUCACCCCGAAAAUGAGGCAGACGACAUUCCCGGCCGCCGAUAUCCCCCGGGUCUCCAGGCGAAUGAGGCGGCAUCCAACGCCGCGGGCAUGGUGUCGGGGUUUGCGCCUGGCCCUCCGCGAGACGACCAGAUGAAUGGAACUCGCAGCCCGUAUUACCUAGGCGACGAAAGGGGACCGCUAGCCUUGGCCAUCAACAUUUGCCGCGACGAUGGCCUCAAAUCCUCCAGACAUGCCCUCCUGCCCAUGAACAACAGCGCGCCACUGACCCCGCAGGACUGGCAGUACCUGGAGCAAAGAGGCUGCUUCAGCCUGCCGUCUCGCGAGAUGCAGGACGCGUUGCUCCGCGCCUACUUUCACUAUGUGCAUCCCUUUGCGCCCGUCAUCGACGUGGCCGACUUUGUCUAUCGCUACACGACCGGCCACGUGAGCGUCUUGCUGCUUUGGAGCAUAUUUGCCGCGGCAGGCAGCUUUAUCGACGAGCAGCUGCCGACUAACGAGCUCGGGGCGACGAGGAUCGAGGUCAAGGCGGCGGCGUUUGAGCGGGCAAAGGCGCUCUACGACUUGGAGUACGAACGGGAAACGAUAGUGCUCAUCCAGUCGACGUACCUGAUGAGCUACCGGCUCGGGUGCCUCAACGACGUCAAGGGGCCGUGGUACUGGAUCGGCGUCGCCAUCAACCUCGCCUACACGGCCGGGCUUCACCGUCUGCCGCCUCCCGACUCGCCGGACUCGCCCGCCGGCAACUCGCGGCUCUGGAUCCAGCUCUUUUGGAGCGUCUACUGCCGCGACGUCUGGCUGUGCCUCGCCUACAGCCGGCCGGUGCGCAUCCUCCUCAGCGAGGUGACGACGCCCAUCCCGACCCGCGUCCAGCUCGCGUCGGCCCCCGUCGAGGUCCCCGACGACAUCUACCACCGCUACCUGCCCUACGAGAUCAACGAGCUGGCCCGCCUGUGGCUGUGCCUCGUCAGGAUCAGCGCCACCCUGGGCAGCGUGCUGUCGUCCUUUUACACGGCCAAGUCGUCGGGCCCAACGCGCCAGCAGAUCGACUACAUGGAGCACGAGAUCGAGGCGCACCUCGCGGACCUCCCGGCCGGGAGCCACAGGAGCGAGCUCGUCAUGAUCCAUGUACACCAGAUCCGGCUGUAUCACGAGUACGCAACCAACCCCCCCUUUUCCCCUUCACGACGCCGUGUAUCACUCCAAGUACAAGAACUAACGCGCGCAAGCAGCGUUAUUGCCAUGAUCCCCUCGAUGCAGGUGCACCUCGUCGACCUCAUGUCCUCGAGCCAGCCGACGCGGCAGGCGGGCGAGCACAACCUGCACCUGUGCAUGGUGCUCCUCGACAACCUGCGCACGACGCACGUCUCGGCCAAGGCGACGCACUGCCUGUUCAACGCGGCCAUUGAGAAGAUCAAGAACAAGCCCACGUCGUGUCCGUGCCCGCUGCUGACGGGCGGCGGGUCCGCAUCGGCGGCGGCGGCGGCGUCUUCGGGCCCCGCGUCGGCCUCGGGCUCGGAUAACCGGAGCAUCGUGACCGACGACGACAACGAGAGCCUGUUUCCUGUUGCCGUGCCGGGAAUGUCGUAUCUGGAUAUGCUGCCGAUGAUGUCGCCCGACGGGGAGUUUUCGCUGCAUGAGUAG